CCGACCCCCGUGGAGCGUCUGGAAUUGAAGGGAGGUGAAAAAUAUAAAAGACAUUUCCAUUGUUGUAAAAGUCCACUUGCAUCUCAUCCGUUGAUCAUCUACCUACCUUACCUCUCUCGAUAUUCAGUAUGCACAAAGGCAUUGCAUUAUUAGUCCUGUCUGCAGUGGUGUGUCUCCAAUAUGUUGAUGCCGUAAGAUAUCAAGUCGACCGGGAUAUCGAGGCACAGUAUGUCCCUUCUGCUCCUGAACUGGCCAGUUGGAUACUUGAGCUGGCUCAAAGGAACGAUCACGCACACAAACGCAACUCUGAGAUCAUCAACUCCCUCCUCGGCCUACCUAAAGUCCUAAAUGAUGCUGGGCGGAAGUAAACAAAACAUCACCGUUAAUUUUUGUUUUCUAACUUAAUUUUUCAAAUUACAUAACUUAUUUUUGAAAAUUGUUUUAUUGCAUUUUGUUAACUAAAUGUUAUCAUGUUUAGUAAGAACCAAGGUUAUUAAAUAAAAACCCUCUGGUAAAAAUUUCCAUGGAUGAUAAUAGGUACUAUUACUGAAUAAAGAGGUUGAUUUUACAAUGA